AAAAAACAAAAACAAAACUCUGAUAACAGCAUCCUGAACAGAAUUCCUGAAAAGAAUCCAGAACAGAUUCUCGGACAGAUUCCUGAACAGAACCCUGAACAGAUUCCGAAACAGAUUCUUGAAAAGUAUCCUGAACAGAAUCCUGAGCAAAUACUUGAACCACUUCUUGAACAGAAUCCUCAACAGAAUCAAGGUCACUUUAGAAAAAUUACCUGCUAUACUUGCCCAGAUAAUUGGAUUAGUUUCCAAAAUAAAUGCUACCUUUUCUCUGAAAAUGAGAGCAGUUGGAAUGCAAGCAUAUCUGAUUGUCUUACCCAACAAGCUGACUUAACAACGAUUGACACUGACCAAGAAAUGAAUUUUCUUAAGCGACACAAAGGCAGUUAUGAUCACUGGAUUAGGCUGGGAACGACAAAUUUUUCAGCAAGAUGUCCCAUAAAUAAAACUACGUUUCACAGUAGGGUUAAUGUGAGUGGGACGGAAGAAUGUACCUACCUCACAGAUGAUGUUGAUUGUGUGGCAAUAGCCAGAUGCUACACAGAUAGAAGAUGGAUUUGUAGGAAAACACUUACUAUAAAUUAACUGCCAAUAUCCUGAUGUUGCCUGGAAAUUUUGCUAGUAGAAACUGCUGAACUACCACAGAAAAGACACUGGCCUGAAGCACAAUGCCACUAAACAAUUUAGCUCAGGACCUCUUACAAUGAAGAAAUGAUCAAGCAAUGCCUCAUGUUCUAAAAGACCAGAUGAACUGUUGAACUCAAGCACCCAUUUGUUUAACCUUAAACUGACUUUCCCUGUUCUUCAAGUAUGUCUUGCAUAUGACUGGUGCACUGUCUCACCAGCUCCAACUCCUCUUUAGCAAAAAAUAGACAAUAGAGAAUUUAGCAGCCCUCAUUUCUCUAUACAUAUAUAUUUCUGGAAACAAGGAGAGAAGAGCUCGGUCCAAGCUCUCCAUUGUGCUCCAGACUGCAAUAACAGACUUUCCCUCUUGCAAAAGGUAUGAGACUAGACUUUCUGUGGCAACAGGCAGAAGGCUGACUUUGGGUUCAAGUAGAGUCACUGGUAGGGCUUUUUUAAAAAUAACAUUUUUAUUUAUUUAUUAUUGAGUAGAGAAAGAGUGAAAUUGAGAAAGGAAGGGGAGAUGGAGAGAGAGACAGAGAGAUACUUGCAGCCCUGCUUUAUCACUCUUGAAGCUUUCCCCCUGCAGGUGAGGGCUAGGGGCUUUAACCCUGGUCCUUGCUCAGUGUAGUGUGUGCACUCAAGCAGGUGUGCCACCGCCUGGCCCACACUAGUGGGGCUUUUAAUUAUCCUACUGAUCUACUUACAGAAACUCUACCACGUUCAGUAGAGUCCUCUGGCUAGAACCUUGUACUCACUGGACAUCUUGUCUAGAGAUGUGCCCCAACUGCUCCCUACCUGUCAUAGUGACUAUUGAUGCUUGAUGUAUUUUUCAUUCUUUUGUAAAGGGGGGGCUACUUAAAUAUGAAAUCUUCUAUGGGGAGAAUAAUCCCAAAAUAAUAUACAUUUUCUUCUAUCUCUCUUGGAAUAGCUCAUCACUGAUUCCAGUUUCUGACUGAAUAUCACUAAGUCCCUUAAAAUCUUAUAAAGACUCUUAGGGAGGUUUAUAUAGGCUAGCAUCCUACUCUGGUUCCCUUCUGAUCUUGAAUUUGAGCAAAAUCCAAAACCCAAAAGUGAAUUUUCUUGCCAAUUGCAUGAUAGUAAGAUCUGUAAUUAUCACUUGAACAUUUGUUGUCCUCAACAGAAGCUAUUGCUUACUCUAAGUCUCUAAUUUUCAGAUAAAUUCAUGGGGAAUAAAGUGGAUUAAUAAUGCAGAAACCUAGGUUUAUCUUGCAACUAAGAAACUACAGACCUUAUGGGGAAAUAUGAGCUUUUAAAAUGACUAAUUAAAGGUCAAAUUUUUUGCAUAGUGCUAAAUGGACUAUUGAGGGCAAAUAUAAUUUAAAUAUUUCUUUUGUUUAAAAUAGCACAUUUUGAAUUUGUUGGAAAAAUCAUAGCUUCUUUUUUCUGAGCUAGUUAACCUGCAGCUACCAUGAUUUCACCAAGACUUUGACUGAAAUGUCAAAGACCAAUCUGCUUUGGGAAUUAAAAUUGAUUUUAUUAAGCCAACAAAGAAGAAAGUAGCCUGACACCUUACUUAGAAGGCUCCACAGGGUUUUGGCAAGACCAGGAAUCUCAGAAAAUUUGGUAAUCACAAGAAGUUAAGAAUGAAUCCUCCAGUUCAAACGACAUUUGAUGGUAAGAUCAGAUGCUGCUCAUGAUCAUAUGUGCUCAACCUAGAUUCUAGCAAAGAAAACUUAUAGUUAGCUCUGUUUGUUUUGUUCUUAGGCCAAGUUUAUUCUUCAAUAAUUUGUUAUUCAAUAAUUAUUUAAAAAUAUAUGCUACAUAUAUCCCCACCUGCAGGAGGAAAGCUUCAUGAGUGGUGAAGCAGGGCUGCAGGUGUCUAUAUCUUUCCCUUUCUAUCUCCCACUCCCAUCUCAAUUUCUCUUUGUCUCUAUCCAGUAAAAAUAUAUAUGCUAUAUACAUAAAUGUAGAAAUGUUAAAUUAAUGUUUUUCAAUAGGUUUAGUUUGCAAAUGAAUUGAUUUUUACUGUCAUUAUUUGGAAGAGUUAGGGUGAAGCUAGAGAAAAACUAUUUUCGUAAUAUAUCUUUUGGUAACAGAUUCUAAUAUCCAUUGUCAAUUUUUGAGGUUUUUUUUUUUCACUGUGUGCUGGAAUGUAUCUUAGAUAUUUCAGAUAUCUGUGACUAUCCAGAUUAAUAUUUCCACUUUCUUCCGAUCUUUCGAUUUUAAUUGAUCAUGAAUGCGGACUGUAAUUUUUCUGUUAAGGUUUUGUUGUAUCUUGGGAUCUUUGACUGUAGAAUAUUAUAACUCAAUGCUUUUUCAGAAAUCAAGCUGAAAAUGCUACUAUGAUGCCAACCUGACUUCCCUGGGUAGAUGACCUCACCAAUGUACCCUGGGACUCCAUCUCUCCAGAGCCCUGCCCCACUAGGGAAAGAUACAUGAGAGUAUGUAUCAACCUGCUAAUACCCAUGUUCAGUGGAGAAGCAAUUACAAAAGUUAGACCUUCCACCUUCUUCACCCCAUAAUGAUCCUGGGUCCAUGCUGCCAGAAAGGUAAAGAGGUAUCAAGGGAGGAGAUUGGAUGCAGAGUUCUGGUGGUGGGAAUUGUGUAGAACUGUACCCCUCUUAUCCCAUGGUCUUGUCAUUGUUUCUACUAAUUGACAAUAAUGUGUUCCCCUAUUGAUGAUAUUCUCUCAGGAUAGUGAUUGUCACUUAGGGAGUGUAGUCAUCAUGCUGGGGAGCUGCAAGAAGCAAAGGUUCCUCAUGUUCAUGACCUGGAGGAAGGGCAGGGCUAUAGGAUGUGGGGGGAAACUAACUACAUCUGUGUUUGCUAAAUGGCUUUACCCAAUUGUCUCAACUGCCUUAGUUUUCCCUAAUAGGGGUAAUUUUACAUCUUAAAUCAAGACACCAGUUAGGCGUUUCUCUUCUCUUGAAGAACACUGGGAAUCUCACAAUCUUUCAUGCGGAUGGGCUUCUAGGUCCCUGAGAAGGACUUUUCUGAGUUGUUAAAAAUGUCAAGAGACAUUUAAAUGACUUAAGUCUCUUAGGGACAGGGGAAAAAUCAACUAAUUUUUAAAUGUAAAUGGUCUUAAAGAGAGAGAGAGAGAAAAAAAGAAGGUGGGAUAUAUAUUCUGUAACAUUUAGUGCAGUGGAUGAAAAUGUUAAUGCCAUCUUGAUCACUCCCCAUAAAUAAUAAUUAGAAUGAGAAUUAAU